AUGAAGAUCAUGAGUCGUUUGUACGAUAAGUUUGGAUUCAUUGAGCGAAAAUGCGAGAGAUGUGACUUUGGUUGGAAAGGCGUUUCCUGCUCGGAAUGCGUGCCACUGGCAGGCUGCCAAAAUGGAUACUGUCGCACAGCUCAUCAGUGUGAAUGCCUGAAAAAUUGGGGAGGUCUAUUAUGCGAUAUUGACCUGGAUUAUUGCUCAAACCACAAGGAUCUGUGCCAGAACGGUGGCGUAUGCCUUUCGAACGGUGUAGACCUAUACAGAUGCAACUGUACGGCAGACUUCGAAGGCAAAAAUUGCGAAAAGAAGAAAGAAAUUGACUGCACGAUGCUUGACUGCGGAAUGGGAGUAUGCGUAAUGGGCAGAGCGCCUGAAUGUGAAUGCCCCCUUGAUCGCAGUGGGACACAUUGUGAAUAUCUAGAAAGUGAGCCAACAUAA